AUGCCUGAAGCACGCAUUGACGUCUACCUCGACUUUGCUAAUCGAUCCCAAACACGUCCAGCAUACCAUCCCAUCUUCCUCGGCGGCAUCAACGUCGCCUCCGGCAACAAGCCGCCCUGGUCCCUCCCCGCCAAGGCCUCCUACCUCGCCCUCGACACCCCGCGCGCCCUGCGCCGCGUCGGCCUCGGCCACCUGCGCACCCCCGACGACCUCAUGUCCUUCGGCAUGACCGUCCAGCCGCUGCGCGCCAUCCACUACGUCAAGGCGCACCACCCGCCCGCCGUCUUCCUCGCCGCCUUCCACUUCCUCAUCGACCGCGCCUGGACCCCGCCCAACCGCCGCAUCGCCGACCCCGAGGUGCUCCGGGAGGUGCUCGGCGAGGCCACCGAGUCCGUCAAGGGCGGGCGGAAGCUGUUUACGACGGAGCAGGUGGAGGCCAUCAUGGAGGGUCGCGCGGCGUUCAAGGAUAGCGUCAAGCAGGAGACGGACGUGGCGCUGAGCAAGGGCGCGUUCGGUGCGCCGUGGAUCUGGGUGACCAACGCAAAGGGCGAGGAGGAGCCGUUCUUCGGCAGCGAUCGCUUCAACCACAUCUACGCGUUCCUCGACAUUCCCUUUCAGGACGUCACGGUUUUGAGUCCCAACAAGCUGUGA